AUGGGUGCGAUCGGAUCGGUGGGAGAGCGGAACGAGCAGAAGUUGGUGGAUUUACAGAUCGUGGGCCUGGAUGGAGAAGGAUUCGAAGUGAAAGUACCUGAGUCUUUGAAAGGCAUUGAACUCCGAGACAAGGUCCGAGACCAUCUUCCUAUCAAAGCAGGUGCUCGAGUCCUUUUCUGGCACGCAGAGUCAGGCUCCAGUUCGAGCAAGAUGCUAUCACCUAGCAAGACUUUGAAGGAACAAGGGCUUACUGGAGAGAAUGCACGUUUGUCCUUUAUCUACGACACCAUCAAGCUCUACGACGCUUGGGUGUUUCUGGACGCCCUACGCAGCUCGUAUGUGGCCAAUCGCGCGACGUUGGAGGAGGUCCGCACGUGCUUGGAAGGCAUCACAAAGAUCUGUGGCCUUCGAACUGUGAAUCAGCUUCGACAUUUGCCCGAGAGUCUUCACAGUCUGACGUUGUGCAGUGAGAUCAACUUGGCACAAAUCACCUGGCCCAACAGCCUUCGACAUUUGACCUUUGGUGAACGCUUUGAUAUGAAGCUGGAUGGAAUGUGCUGGCCCAGCGGCCUUUUGACUCUGAACUUGGGUGACCAGUUCUCUCAGCCUUUGGAAGGGGUUCAUUGGCCAAGCAGUCUGCAGAGUCUAACCUUGGGCUGCAGCUUCAAUCGGAGUUUGGAAGGAAUGAAAUGGCCGAGCCAGUUGCAGAGUUUGAGGCUUGGCGAGAGGUUCAACCAAAGUUUGGAGCGAGUGAUUUGGCCAGAAAGCCUGCAGCAUUUGACGUUUGGCUCCGACUUCAAUCAGAGUUUGGAGUGCAUCAACUGGCCCAGCUGCCUUGCGAGCUUGAGCUUGGGUGACCACUUUAAUCAGACUUUGGAACUGAUGGCCUGGCCCGUGAAUCUGCGAAGCCUCAUCUUCGGCCUCCAGUUCAACCAAAGCAUCGAGCAGCUUUCACGCAAAUGGAGCAGCCUCCAGACCCUGAGCUUCGGCGAGCACUUCGACCAAAGCAGAGUCACCUGGCCCUCUGGCUUGCGUCAUUUAAGCCUUGGCUUCAAUCAGAGCGUAGAUCCCAAAUCACUGCCCAAGAUGCCUGGCGUUGCGAUUUCAGCAGCUUUCUUGCUGAUCCCUUUGGACAUGCUUUCAAAUCUUGGGAUUUCGUUGUUGCUGUUCGGAAUUUUUGAACUAAGCUAG